AUGUCUGUAUGCAACCUCAAACUUAUAAACUAUAGAGUCAACUAUUCUGUGCAAACUGCACCCUUAUACCAUAAGCAAAACCCACACUCUGUGGUUAUUCCACCUAAUUUCUAUUCAUUAGUGAUAACGGUGAAGCUUCUUAAAGCCCACCCUUUGCUCACUUUAGCUAAUAGCUAUCUUAUCGACUCUCCCGCACCCUCGAAUAUCUCCUAUCUCUGGAACUUCGGCUCACUGUUAGGAACCUGCCUAGCCCUACAGAUCGUAACGGGGGUGACACUAGCGAUGCAUUACUCGGCGUCCACAGAUCUAGCCUUUCUUUCUGUUGAGCACCUCGUUCGAGACGUUCCAAGUGGUUGGUUAAUCCGUAACCUUCAUGCUAACGGUGCUGCGUUCUUUUUCGUCUUUGUUUACAUUCACAUGGGCAAAGGCUUGUAUUAUGGCUCAUAUCGCAAACCUAGAGUGCUCCUAUGGUCUAUAGGCGUGGCAAUAUUCCUAGUUAUGAUUGUUACCGCUUUUCUAGGUACCACUGAAACGUGCCUAAAAUGGUUUGAUGGUCUCAAAUUUAAGAUGGUUUUACCUUUUAGUCGCCCUAAAACUAAAGCUUCUAAUCGUAUUGGUCCACUGGCGGUGAGGUUGUGA